UUCGAAUUGCAUCACACACUUUAGGUCCAAAUAUAUAAAGCCUUCGUCGAUUUGUAUUUUCAACAAUCCUAGCAAUGCUUCGUUUUGGUAUCUUCUGCUUGUGUCUAGCAUCGGUCUUGGCACUGCCACCACCUAAAAAAAUUCCUUACGGCAAGCUUGGACCAAGAAUAAUAAACGGGCAAAAUGCAACUUUGGGCCAAUUUCCUUGGCAAGCAGCACUUCAUGUUACAAGCGACUCUUAUUCAUGGUUUUGUGGUGGAAGUUUAAUUAGUGAAGAAUGGAUUCUUACGGCUGGACACUGUGUCGAUGAGGCAAAGUCAGCUCGCAUAGUGACUGGUUCAUUGGAAUAUACGGGAGACACUGGGACUGUUUCUUCAGGUCAAGACUUUAUUUUACACGAAUCUUACGACGCCCUUACUCUUGAGAACGACAUAGGGCUUAUAAGACUAGCGGAAGCUUUAACAUUCGAUGACAACACUAAGGCAGUUGGCUUAUCAAACGAUACUCUAGAAGUUAAUACAACUAUCACAAUAAGUGGCUGGGGACUAACUUCAGACGACGCCGCUGUUCUAAGUCCUGACUUGGAAUAUGUUGAUCUGGUAGCCAUUUCAAAUAGUGCCUGUGAGGAAUAUUACGGUAAAGGUUUAAUUGUAGAAGGGAUGGUUUGUGCUGUCUCACCAACUAGUGAAGUUAAAAGUUCAUGCAGCGGAGACAGUGGUGGUGGUGCUGUUACUAAUUCUACAACAAAUCCACUUCAUGUCGGAAUUGUUAGUUUCGUCAGUAGUAGGGGAUGUGAAAGUGGGGCUCCUUCUGGAUUCACAAGAACUGCAAAUUAUAGAGCGUGGAUUCUAGAAAAGACAGGAAUUUAGAUAGAUAUAUUUUCGAUAUAUUUUGUAUAUCGAAAAGACAAUAAACGAAAUUCAACUUU